GGCUUUAAAAUCAUUAUUAUUAGAUAUCAAGUGACCCUAGUCCAAGACUUGAAAUUAGUUGAGCAUAAAGUUGAAACUUUGUCUCAUUUCUUUGACAAAUAAGAGAGAUGUAUAUGAAGCACUGUAUAAAAUGGAGAAAAAUUUUCUUGUGACUUACCAUUUUCACUUAUUUAUUCAUUUAUAACUACUGAGAGUUGAAGUUUGAAUUCUUUUCUGUUUCCUUCAGAGAUUCCAAGACCUUCCUUUUCUGCUGCGGAGGUUGUUAAGGGAAAUGAUAACCCCCAGUAGAUCGCUUCCUUUUGUUAUCCAAGCACGUGUUUAUAUUGCAGUUAAGUCAAUUUAGCCUAUCUAUGAUCCUUAUCAUCUGAGCUACCUUAGCUGAAGAUGAUUCUGCUCAUACCUAAUUAUGAUUUUUGUAAGGCUUACAUUUUUUAAAUUUUUUAUGCAUUGUUAUAUAGUUUUAAAAAUUCAUGAUCUUAUACUUCUAUUUUUUUCACUUUUUCCAACUCCUCUUAAAAAUAUUAUUACUCUCUCUAGAAACCCCCUCCCUAAACAAAAAGAAAAGAAAGUCUCAUUCUCUUUCUUAUUCACAGAUGUUUCUAAGUGUUGCCUACGUAUUAAGCCCCAUAGACAUUAUCCCAGAAGCAAUCUUGGGAAUAGUUGGUUUCCUGGAUGAUAUUCUUAUAGUACUCCUCUGUUUUCUCCACGUUGCUGCCCUCUAUCGGUCUGUGCUCUACUACCGUCAUGGAGGUUCAUGAAGUUUAACCUUUAAUGAAGCCAAGAACAAGAUAUGUUCUAUUUUCUAAUUUCCUCCUGGAGGAUGAACAUUAUUACUUGGUGCAAAGUAGCCUGCAAUUAUGUUUAAGCAAUCUGGAUUUUUUUUUUUUUUUGGGUUUGUCUAUAUUUGGGGUAAGUGGUUUGUGAGUGAAGAAAUGCUUUGCUUCUACAGCAAAAGAUGUUAAUUUUCAUGAAGAAUUAUGUUAAAAUGGUUUGAAAUUUUUGUACCAAUCGAACAGGAGAUUUAAUUUACAAAUCAAAUCUAAGGAACAAUGCUAUUCUA